AUGUUCUCCACGGAGGAUCUGUGGGAGGUACUCUUGCAGUCAAACACUAUUCUUCUCACAGGCAUAUCGGCGGGAUACCUAAGAUCCGGCUCCAUCACGCCCUCAGCUGUUAGGCAUCCUGACGGUGCAGCAGAUACCGCGGCGCUGCAAGGACUGGCGGCCGAGGGCGACGGGAAAGCCUCCCUCGGCUUCCUCGUGCUUAAACCCAGCACUAUCGCCUGCUCGCCUUACACUCUUUUGCGUUUUAUAGCGAGGUUCGGCACGAGCGAGGUACAUGAGCAGGCUAGGGGGCUGGUGUUGUUCGCGCUUCUUCUUAACGAAAUAAAGGUUUUUUUGUUAUUUUCGUGGCUGUUACGACCAGGGCCGACAGCAAGGGCGCCGGACCGGGAAGAUAGACGGCCAAGGCUCAGGUAAGCUGGAUCUGUGGAUCUGUGAGCAGAGGCACAGAUCCAAGGAUCUCUGGAUCUCUGGACAGAGCCACAGAUCCAAGGGGUCAACGGGAAGGAUACCUUACGAGACAAGACUAAGAAUGUGAGGAGGGAUCUCCUUUGUAGAUAGCUUUGACUGGGGCUUCGGCAUCAGUCAAUCUAAGUUAGCUUCCAAGUAUCCCUUGGAGCAAGCACCCAGACCUGCACCCAAGACCCCAGUGUUCCCCUUGUCCAGACAGCGCUACUG